AUGCCCAAGUAUUGCCGUGCUCCGAACUGCUCCAACACUGCUGGCCGACUGGGCGCUGACAACCGCCCUGUGAGCUUCUACAAGUUCCCACUGAAGGAUGGCCCCCGGCUGCGGGCCUGGCUGCGGCACAUGGGCCAUGAGGACUGGGUGCCCAGCUGCCACCAGCACCUGUGCAGUGAGCACUUCACACCUUCCUGCUUCCAGUGGCGCUGGGGUGUGCGCUACCUGCGGCCUGAUGCAGUGCCCUCCAUUUUCUCCCCAGCGCCGCCUACUGAGAAGCAGCAGAGUACCCGAAGCACCGAGAAGCCAGUCGUGUCUCCCUCCCCACCAGACGUCACGCCCCCGACCCCUGGCCCAGCUCUCUCGGCCCCUGGCCCUGUGCACCUUGUGGUACUAGGGCCAGCACCCAGAGGCCCCGAGGCCGCGGCCACCGUGUUCCUGGCCCCCCUGAUCCUUCCUCCUGCUCCUGCCAGGCCACGGCCUGGAGUUCGGGCCCAGCACCCUCUGGCCGGGCUGGGCACUAUCCUGGGAGCGCUGCAACGUCGUGUGCGGAGGCUGCAGCGGCGCCAGGAGCAGCACCAGGUGCAGCUGCGGGCUCUAGAACAGCUGGCGCAGCAGCUGUGCAAGGAGAGCCUGCCGGCUGGGCGCACCAGGACCUGCUCUGCCUGCUCCCUGGAUGUGAGGAGUCCCAUUAUCUGUGGAGGGUCUGACAUAGGUGUGGUCCUUGCCCAAAGUCCUGCACUUCUCACACUGGAUGCCAAGCCCGAGCUGCUGGACACUCAGACCCCCAAUGCAUAA